AUGCCGAAAGACCGCCUCCAGGAUUUCAAGUUGAAAACGCAGAAGCAGCCCCGUUAUCCGUCAGGUGCACACCCCAAUCACUCCAGCAGACCCUGCGCACCCGAGUCACUCCAGCAGACCCUGCGCACCCCAGUCCCUCCGGCAGACCCUGCGCACCCCAGUCACUCCAGCAGACCCUGCGCACCCCAGUCACUCCAGCAGACCCUGCACACCCGAGUCCCUCCAGCAGACCCUGCGCACCCGAGUCACUCCAGCAGACAUGCGCACCCCAGUCACUCCAGCAGACCCUGCGCACCCCAGUCCCUCCGGCAGACCCUGCGCACCCCAGUCCCUCCGGCAGACCCUGCGCACCCCAGUCCCUCCGGCAGACCCUGCGCACCCCGGUCACUCCGGCAGACCCUGCGCACCCCGGUCACUCCAGCAGACCCUGCACACCCGAGUCCCUCCAGCAGACCCUGCGCACCCCGGUCACUCCGGCAGACCCUGCGCACCCCGGUCACUCCAGCAGACCCUGCACACCCGAGUCCCUCCAGCAGACCCUGCGCACCCCGGUCACUCCGGCAGACCCUGCGCACCCCGGUCACUCCAGCAGACCCUGCACACCCGAGUCCCUCCGGCAGACCCUGCGCACCCCGGUCACUCCGGCAGACCCUGCGCACCCCGGUCACUCCGGCAGACCCUGCGCACCCCGGUCACUCCGGCAGACCCUGCGCACCCCGGUCACUCCGGCAGACCCUGCGCACCCGAGUCACUCCGGCAGACCCUGCACACCCGAGUCCCUCCGGCAGACCCUGCACACCCCAGUCCCUCCGGCAGACCCUGCGCACCCGAGUCACUCCGGCAGACCCUGCGCACCCCGGUCCCUCCGGCAGACCCUGCGCACCCCGGUCCCUCCGGCAGACCCUGCACACCCGAGUCACUCCGGCAGACCCUGCGCACCCCAGUCACUCCGGCAGACCCUGCGCACCCCAGUCCCUCCGGCAGACCCUGCGCACCCCAGUCCCUCCGGCAGACCCUGCGCACCCGAGUCACUCCGGCAGACCCUGCGCACCCCAGUCCCUCCGGCAGACCCUGCACACCCGAGUCGCUCCAGCAGACCCUGCGCACCCCGGUCACUCCGGCAGACCCUGCACACCCGAGUCGCUCCAGCAGACCCUGCGCACCCCAGUCACUCCGGCAGACCCUGCGCACCCCAGUCCCUCCGGCAGACCCUGCGCACCCGAGUCACUCCGGCAGACCCUGCACACCCGAGUCACUCCAGCAGACAUGCGCACCCCAGUCACUCCAGCAGACCCUGCACACCCGAGUCACUCCAGGCAUCCUAGCUAA